AUGCAUGUGGAACCCAAAGGGUUCCCGGUCUUUACAGAAGUUUACAUUUUUUAUAAUAGCAGGACAAAGGGAGGAAGGCAUACCAGAAAGGAGGGGAAACAGUGCAGCAAAGGUGAGAAAAAAGACAAGACUAUCCCUGCAGGAAGGAGCAAGGUGAUGGCAAAAGUCUCGUUUUUUUCCCCUUGGGAACUGCUAGGCAAUGAAGACAGGAGGAUCCACUUAUCUGCGAAGGAACCCAGCUGCACAAGCAUCAUCCCAGCCUGGCACAGACUCCCAAGGACGCAUCAGGAGUCCAGCUUGGGGUGCAACAACAAAUUAUAUCAGCUUGGGAGGGACUUCAUCCUUGACACAUUCAGGGCCUCCUGCAUGCUCAGAGUCCAGUAUUUCUGGAAAAUACAGCAACUCAAAAAGACAAGUUCUGGGGACCUCCUAACAACCCUUAACGGCAGAGCAGAGCAGAGCAGAUCUGUGGCAACCACAGCUGAGUGUGAACACCUGAGGGAAUCAGAACUUGUGUGGCUAGGCUUAAACGCCUUCCUCUUUGUGUGGUACUACCAAGUUUAUGACCAUAGAAGAUUUUUUUAUACACGUAAGCUUCUUGGGCCUGCCCUGAACUUAGCAAGAGCCCCUGCUGCUUGCCUGAAUUUCAACUGCAUGCUGAUCCUGUUGCCUGUCUGUCGAAACCUGCUCUCCUUCCUCAGAGGCUCUAGUGCGUGCUGUUCAACACGUAUACGGAGACAAUUGGACCGGAACCUGACCUUUCAUAAAAUGGUGGCAUGGAUGAUUGCUCUUCACACUGCAAUUCAUACCGUUGCUCAUCUCUUUAAUGUGGAGUGGUUGGUGAAUGCGAAGUCCAAAACUCACUCUGAUAAUUAUUCAAUUGCCCUCUCUGAGCUUGAAGAUAACCCAUCUCUUGGCCAAACUUACGUUAAUUUUGUUUCAAAGUCAUAUAAGAAUCCUGAAGGUGCCCUGUAUGUGGCUUUCACUUACUUAGCUGGAAUCACUGGAGUUGUUAUUACAUUGUGCCUCAUACUGAUCAUAACCUCCUCUACCAAAACAAUCCGGAGGUCUUACUUUGAAGUUUUUUGGUUCACUCAUCACCUCUUUGUUAUCUUCUUCAUUGGUCUUGCCAUCCAUGGAGCUGGGAGGAUUGUACGUGGACAGACAAAUGCAGAUUUGUUGAUUCACGUCCCAGAAAAAUGCUGGAAAAACAUCACCUUUUGGGGAACUAAAGGAAACUGUCCCUUCCCUCAAUUUGCUGGCAACCCUCCUAUGACUUGGAAAUGGAUUGUGGGUCCCAUGUUCCUGUAUCUCUGUGAGAGGUUGGUGAGGUUUUGGAGAUCACAGCAGAAGGUCGUCAUCACUAAGGUGGUCACUCACCCUUUCAAAACCAUUGAACUACAAAUGAAGAAGAAGGGUUUUAAGAUGGAGGUGGGACAAUAUAUUUUUGUCAAAUGCCCCAAGUUGUCAAAUUUAGAGUGGCACCCCUUCACACUGACUUCAGCCCCUGAGGAAGACUUUUUCAGUAUUCACAUCCGUAUAGUUGGAGACUGGACAGAAGGUCUUUUUAAAGCUUGUGGAUGUGACAAAACAGAAUUUCAGGAAGCCUGGAAAUUGCCCAAGGUGGCAGUAGAUGGGCCAUUUGGCACUGCUAGUGAGGAUGUAUUCAGCUAUGAAGUAGUUAUGCUGGUGGGAGCCGGCAUUGGAGUCACACCAUUUGCAUCCAUUCUCAAGUCUGUCUGGUACAAGUACUGCAAUGAUUCAACCAGACUAAAACUCAAAAAGAUUUAUUUUUACUGGCUAUGUCGAGACACACAUGCCUUUGAAUGGUUUGCAGACCUGCUGCAGUCACUAGAGACCCAAAUGCAGCAGAAGGACAAUGCUGAUUUUCUCAGCUACAACAUCUACCUUACCGGCUGGGAUGAAUCUCAGGCCACUCACUUUACUGUGCACCAUGAUGAAGAGACAGAUGUGAUAACAGGCUUGAAACAAAAGACCUUGUAUGGAAGACCCAACUGGGAAAAUGAGUUCAAAACCAUUGCAAGUCAACACCCAAAUACCAGGAUAGGUGUGUUCCUUUGUGGACCUGAAGCAUUGGCUGACACUCUCAACAAGCAAAGUAUUGCAAACUCUGAUGCUGGCCCUCGAGGAGUGCAUUUCAUUUUCAACAAAGAAAACUUCUAAUUCUUGCUCCAUCAGGAAAUGUGGACAUGAGCCUUAUGUCCAGUCAGACAAAUGCUGAUCAUUAAUAGAAACAAACAAAAACUAGGGAAGCCUUUUACAGCUUUUAUAUUCUACCUAUGUGGUAAUCAUUUCUGAAGUAGCAUUAGUCUUUAAACAAGACAAAAGAAAACUAGUUGAUUCAUUUU